GGGAGAGCGGAUAUAGUGAAUGGGGGGUCCGGGGAGAGCGGAAAAUAGCGAAUGCGGGGACCGGGGAGAGCGGAUAUAGUGAAUGCGGGGACCGGGAGAGCGGAUAUAGUGAAUGCGGGUCCGGGGAGAGCGGAUAUAGUGAAUGCAGGGUCCGGGGAGACCGGAUAUAGUGAAUGCAGGAUCCGGGGGAGACCAGAUAUAAUGAAUGCGGGGUCCGGGGAGAGCGGAUAUAGUGAAUGCGGGGUCCGGAGAGAGCGGAUAUAGUGAAUGCGGGGUCCGGGGAGAGCGGAUUUAGUGAAUGUAGGGUCCGGGGAGAGCGGAUAUAGUGAAAUGCAGGGUCCUUGGGGAGAGCGGAUAUAGUGAAUGCGGGGUCCGG